CCAGUUAUGAGCUGCUCCUUAUCUCAGCGCAAGGACAACAAAAUAUUAAAAGUAUAAUGGCAUAUGGUCACAUUGUCCUCACAGCAUGCAUUUUGUUCCAGUACUUCGAUGUAGUAAGGUCAUGGCAGGCAGUUGUGGUAAAGCCCUCAGUGUUUGUCCGGUCGGGGUCAUCGGCUGAGCUGACCUGCACGUAUGAUACACAUGCCUCAGAGGGCUUCACCCUGGAGUGGCGUUACACAGCUCCAGGAACUCCUGCCUUCCAAGCCAAGAGGGUGCUGUACUACAAUGGGAGGCUGUACUGGGUCAACUCUGGAAGGUAG